GUCCACGUCCUUUAAAUAUGGUCUUUCCCGGGCGCGCGCGACAAUGUGAGGAGUGGGGUGGAGCGUGUGUGGUGCGUGGCUGCGGCCUGGGCAAGAGCCGCCGCGGACCAUGAGUCUGCCUGGGAUCACAGGAGAAAUACUGAACAUGAAGACAUCAAGCCUGAUUUGUAGUCCUGAUGAUGUCUCUGAGUAAGUUCUGGAGGGAUCCUGCCUCUGUUGGAGCCUUCGCAGCCAGGUAGCUGUGAACUGUGAGCUAGAGUGAAGCAGAAAUCUAGAAAGAUGAGCUCCAAGAUGGUCAUAAGGGAACCAGGACUGAAUUGGGAUAUUUCCCCAAAAAAUGGCCUUAAGACAUUUUUCUCUCGAGAAAAUUAUAAAGAUCAUUCCAUGGCUCCAAGUUUAAAAGAACUAUGUGUUUUAUCCAACAGACGUAUAGGAGAAAAUUUGAAUGCCUCAGCAAGUUCUGUAGAAAAUGAGCCGGCAGUUAGUUCAGCAACUCAAGCAAAGGAAAAAGUUAAAACCACAAUUGGAAUGGUUCUUCUUCCAAAACCAAGAGUUCCUUAUCCUCGUUUCUCUCGUUUCUCACAGAGAGAGCAGAGGAGUUAUGUGGACUUGUUGGUUAAAUACGCAAAGAUUCCUACAAAUUCCAAAGCUGUUGGAAUAAAUAAAAAUGACUACUUGCAGUACUUGGAUAUGAGAAAACAUGUGAACGAAGAAGUUACUGAGUUCCUAAAGUUUUUGCAGAAUUCUGCAAAGAAAUGUGCACAGGAUUAUAAUAUGCUUUCUGAUGAUGCCCGUCUCUUCACAGAGAAAAUUUUAAGAGCUUGCAUUGAACAAGUGAAAAAGUAUCCAGAAUUCUAUACUCUCCACGAGGUCACCAGCUUAAUGGGAUUCUUCCCAUUCAGAGUAGAGAUGGGAUUAAAGUUAGAAAAAACUCUUCUUGCAUUGGGCAGUGUAAAAUAUGUGAAAACAGUAUUUCCCUCAAUGCCUAUGAAAUUGCAGCUCUCAAAAGACAAUAUAUCUACCAUCGAAACGUCAGAACAAACAGCUGAAGCUAUGCAUUAUGAUAUUAGUAAAGAUCCAAAUGCAGAGAAGCUUGUUUCCAGAUACCACCCUCAGAUAGCUCUAACUAGUCAAUCAUUAUUUACUUUAUUAAAUAAUCAUGGACCAACGUACAAGGAACAGUGGGAAAUUCCAGUGUUUAUUCAAGUAAUACCUGUUGCAGGUUCAAAACCAGUUAAAGUAAUAUAUAUUAAUUCACCACUUCCCCAAAAGAAAAUGACUAUGAGAGAGAGAAAUCAAGUCUUUCAUGAAGUUCCAUUAAAAUUUAUGAUGUCCAAAAACACAUCUGUUCCAGUCUCUGCAGUCUUUAUGGACAAACCUGAAGAGUUUAUAUCUGAAAUGGAUAUGUCCUGUGAAGUCAAUGAGUGCCGAAAAAUUGAGAGUCUUGAAAACUUGUAUCUGGAUUUUGAUGAUGAUGUCACAGAACUUGAAACUUUUGGAGUAACCACCACCAAAGCAUCAAAGUCACCAAGUCCAGCCAGUACUUCCACAGUACCUAAAAUGACAGAUGCUCCUACAGCCCCCAAAGCAGGAACUACAACUGUGGCACCAAGUGCACCAGACAUUUCUGCUAAUUCUAGAAGUUUAUCUCAGAUUCUCAUGGAACAAUUGCAAAAGGAGAAACAGCUGGUCACUGGUAUGGAUGGUGGCCCUGAGGAGUGCAAAAAUAAAGAUGAUCAGGGAUUUGAAUCAUGUGAAAAGGUAUCAAAUUCUGACAAGCCUUUGAUGCAAGAUAGUGACUUGAAAACAUCUGAUGCCUUACAGUUAGAAAAUUCUCAGGAAAUUGAAACUUCUAAUAAAAAUGAUAUGACUGUACAUAUGGUACAUGCUGAUGGUGAAAGACCUAAUGUUCUGGAAAACCUAGACAGCUCAAAGGAAAAGACUGUUCGAUCAGAAGCGGCUAAGACUGAAGAUACAGUUCUCUGCAGCAGUGAUACAGAUGAGGAGUGUUUAAUCAUUGAUACAGAGUAUAAAAAUAAUAGUGAUGGAAAGACAGCUGCUGUGGGUUCUAACUUAAGUUCUAGACCAGCUAGUCCAAAUUCUUUAGGACAGGCUUCUGUAGGAAACCAGACUAAUACUGCUUGUAGUCCAGAAGAGUCAUGUGUUUUAAAAAAACCUAUCAAACGAGUAUAUAAAAAAUUUGAUCCAGUUGGAGAGAUUUUAAAAAUGCAGGAUGAGCUCUUAAAGCCAAUUUCCAGAAAAGUACCUGAAUUGCCCUUAAUGAAUUUAGAAAAUUCUAAACAGGCUUCUGUUUCUGAGCAAUUGUCUGGUCCUUCAGACUCCUCUAGUUGGCCGAAAUCUGGAUGGCCUUCUGCAUUUCAGAAGCCAAAAGGACGUUUGCCGUAUGAACUUCAGGACUAUGUUGAAGAUACAUCGGAAUACCUAGCUCCUCAGGAAGGAAAUUUUGUGUAUAAGUUAUUUAGCCUGCAAGACCUGUUGUUACUCGUACGCUGCAGUGUCCAGAGGAUAGAGACAAGACCACGUUCUAAAAAACGGAAGAAAAUCAGAAGACAAUUUCCAGUUUAUGUACUACCAAAAGUAGAGUAUCAAGCUUGUUAUGGAGUUGAAGCUCUGACUGAAAGUGAACUUUGUCGCUUAUGGACUGAAAGUUUAUUGCAUUCCAACAGCUCAUUUUAUGUUGGGCAUAUUGAUGCAUUUACUUCGAAGCUUUUUCUGCUGGAAGAAAUUACCUCAGAAGAAUUAAAAGAAAAGCUUUCAGCACUCAAGAUAUCCAAUUUAUUUAACAUCCUCCAACACAUUCUAAAGAAAUUAAGUAGCUUGCAGGAGGGUUCCUACUUGUUAUCUCAUGCAGCAGAAGAUUCUUCACUCCUGAUCUAUAAGGCCUCUGAUGGAAAAGUUACUAGGACAGCAUACAAUUUGUAUAAAACACAUUGCGGCCUUCCUGGUGUACCUUCCAGUCUCUCAGUUCCCUGGGUCCCAUUAGAUCCCAGCCUGUUAUUACCAUAUCAUAUCCAUCAUGGAAGAAUACCUUGUACUUUUCCACCUAAAUCACUGGAUACCACAACACAACAAAAGGUUGGUGGAACAAGAAUGCCUACACGCAGCCACAGGAAUCCAGUUUCCAUAGAAACCAAAAGCAGUUGCUUGCCUGGUCAGCAAGUUGAAACUGAAGGAGUGGCUCCACAUAAAAGAAAAAUAACUUGAGGACUGUACUAUGGAAAAUUAAAUUUAAAAAAAAACAGUUAUAGCAAUGUUUAAUUUAGAAAAGUUUGAGGGGAAAUAAUCAGUAGGUAAGAGGAACAUUUUACGGUAGUAGCUAGAGUGCCUUGAAAAAAUGUGUUGGCUAUGUGAAGGAAUGUUUCAACUAAAAUGGAAUGUUAUGCUUUUCGCCCUUAAAGUUUAAGGAGGAUCUUGAUAUGUUUUAACAUUAUCAUGGCAGGGAAAUAUAUAAAGAAGAAAAAUAUUUUUACAUUAAACCUUUUCUAAAAAUUGUAAAUAGAAAAAUAAUUUGCUUUUUUAUUGAGAACAACACUUAAUCAUUAUGUAUUGUGUUAGUUAUAUUGCCAGUCUGUUGAGACUGACUCAAAAAGUUAAAUGUUGCCACUGCUGAAGAUGAUGAUGAGCAUCGGAAACCUUGUUUCUGACCCGUUUUGACAGUUUUUAUAUACUCCUUUAAAAUGAUGAAUGUUGCAGGUUAAUAAAGUUAAUACCUUUAAAAACUUGGUGAAAUUCCAUUAAAGAAGCCAAAAAUAAAAACUCCCUGCCUCUGAAAAGUCAGAUUGCUAUCUUCUUGUUUGGCAACCAUCAGUUUGUUUAAAAAAAGAGAAAAAAAUUUGAUGGUAUAA